AAAGCAGAGAACUCUUUGCGCUGUUGGACCGCGCUUCACCCCUUGACAUCCGUGCACUCGCCCCCAUGACACCUGCAUUCCCCAUCACUUCGCGAGCAAACCGCAGGCGGGCCCCCAGUCUCGACAAUGCGACGAGCCCACUCCUGCCAUCGAUUCCCCAGCGUAGGAGCGUGAGGCAACAGAGAGACGAGGAAGAGAAAAGGGACCGUCGUCGGAAUGCUGUCAAUCGGAAACAAUGCCUUGCCAUGUAUGCGAUCUUGGCAGUGCUCUAUGGUGCGGUCAUGACCACAGUCUACAUCGCCCGGAGGCCAGGUGCCUUCGUCUCACAGCUGCCAGACAUGGUUGCUGGUGACACACUCCCAGGCGAAUUCAAUCCAUAUACCGCCUGGGAGCAUCUUAAGGCCAUUACGACGACGCCCCAUCCGUUCAAUUCUCGAGCCAACACCGAUAUCACCAAAGCUUACAUCCUCGACCAGUUCCGUAAAUUGCAAGCGGAGGCCAUCGCCUAUGGACGGCGCAAUGUGCGAUAUGACGAUAGAGUUGACAAUUCAACAUGGACCCAAUUGUACAAGACGCAUCAACAGCGGAGGAUGGAGGAUGCAGGAGAAAGUGAACCGAGUGACGGCGAACCAUUAAGAGAGGAGCUGUUGACGGUGGUGCAAGGCGACAACCUUCUGAUGUGGGUUGGUGGCGUUGUCGACUCGAUGGAGGGGGACGUCCCUGUGAAGAUUGAGAUCGAUGUCGACCAGGAGAGCCAGACGGCGUUGAUGAUCUCGGCGCACUAUGAUUCGGUUCCCACAAGCUAUGGCGAGACAGACGAUGGCGGAGGGGUUUCUGUGGCCUUGGCCAUGAUCCGUCAUUUUAUCCACCAUCCAGUUCAACACACGCUGAUCUUCAACAUCAACAAUGCAGAGGAACAGGGCUCCUAUGGCGCGGCAGCUUUCAUGGGCGCUUCUCUCAAUAGCACAUUGGAAACAGGAAUGGGUCAUCCUUGGAAGAAAUAUGUUAAGGCAUUCGUGAAUUUGGAGGGUGGAGGAUCUGGAGGGCCGUCAUUGCUAUUCAGGGCCACAGAUAGCGAUAUCAUCCGUUACUAUGCCGAAAGCGCGCCGUUUCCCCAUGCAUCGGUCUUUUCGAACGAUGUCUUUCAGUUGAAUUUGAUUCAGAGCGACACCGAUUACUCUGUAUUCUUGAAGCAUGGGCUGCCUGGUCUAGACAUUGCAUUCUACCAGCGUCGCUCAAUGUAUCAUACCACUACAGACUAUCUGCCAAUCGAGUCCCUCUAUCACAUGGGCUUAAACACACAGGAAACCAUCACCAGUCUCUGUAACAGCAACUAUCUCGACAUUGUUAGCCCUGCAGCAGACAUCAGAAAGGAGUCUUCACCUCUGGUAUCUCGGCCAUGGUUCGCAGGAAAGAGCGUGUUCUACGACGUUCUUGGAACAAAUAUGGUAUUUUCAGAGCUAUGGGCCGCUCUUUUGAUCAACGCCCUCGGACUUGGACUCGGACUUCCUUUGCUCGCAGUUACGAUUAUUUAUGCUGGGCGAGCACUUCACUCCCGUCAGCGAAACAAUCCUCGCACCCCACCACAGAAUCGCACACAGCAUUCUCUCCGCAGUGCAAUGGAUUCGGGAUCGCAGUCAACGAUCGGGUACUCUGAGGAUGGAUACGGAUCGGUUCAUAUUCGCCCCAGCCAAGUUCGCCUUCACAGUGACGCCUCAGACAAAGUCCGUCAAACUUUGUCAAAGAAGACAACUGUUGCCUGGACGACGGGAUUGGUAGCGCUGAUUGUCGCGCUGGAUCUGGGGGCGGUAUUUGCGGCCUCACGAUGGCUGUUGCAGACCAACUCUAUGGUUCGGUAUUCUAGUCCUUGGUUAGUCUUACUUGGACUUGUAUGUUUAUUGUUUGUCAUUCAGACACUCGCGGUGUGUGUGUGCACAUGGAUCGAGGAACGGGUCUAUGGUCCUGUUCCGAUUGUGCGCGGUGCGAGUCAGUGGACGCUGGCUCUCGGCGUCUGGUGGUGGAUUAUUGCCAUCGUUGUGGGAGCGGGUGUGGCGGGCUGGUUUGGCAUGGGCGCAUUCUAUGGAACGACUGUUCUGGCAUUGUUUAGUGGAGGAGCUGCGCUAAUCCAGGUUAUCCUAAGUCUCUUGAGCCCUGAUGACGGCUUGGAUCUCGCGAGGUUUGGAUGGACCACGGUGGUGGCGGGGAUUAGUUUGCUAGUUCCUGGGGUUAUUGUUCUGGACCUGGUUGUGCUUGUUGUGUACAUGACCUCGCAGAGUAUCGUGGACAAUGACCUUGGCAUCAUGUACACCAUUUAUGGAGUCCUGCUGAUCCCCAUUGUACUCCCGGCUCUUCCUGUGAUAUCUCAAGGAAGGAACUUCAAGACUGUUCUGAUUACAGAGAUCUUGAUACUGAUGCCUCUCGUAUGGUGGCUCUCACAGGCGGAUCCGUUCACGGCCGAUGCCCCAGCAGGUCUUUAUUUCACUCAGUACUAUAACCAGACAGCCCGAUCAUCGUAUGUCGAGCUGAGGACAGACGCAGGUCCUGGAUAUCUUGAGCGGAUCGUACAGGGUAUCCCGGACAUUCGUCCGACCAAUCUGAUGGCCCUCACAGCAUUCAACGGCACAUGUAUCCCUACACCCACGGACGAGGGUGGCAUGUUUGCAGAGUACUGCCGGUUUUUGCCAGCUCGACAGGUCUUUGAGGACGAUGGAUGGGAUCGGCCGGUGCAUGUGAAUUGGACAUCUCCAUCUCGUCGUAGGCCAGACGGAUGGCGGGAAGGUCGUUUACAGAUUCUGGCGCUGGAGUCACGGCACUGCUCGAUCCACCUAGCGGAGACUGCGCCCGGGUAUGAGACGCAGCUGUUGGUAGCAUCUGAGGAGGUGGGUGGACAGAGCCAAAUCGGCGCUAAGGAUGGGAAUGUGCUCAACCAUCGACCGAAGACGCUGGAUGUGUUUCUACGAGACUGGAAUCGUUCGUGGGAGGUAAUUGUUCGAGUGCGGGAACCGAACCUUAACAGUAGUGACCAUGGCCGAGACGUGCGACAAGGUGGCGGCAAGACAGUACCGCUGAAGGUUGUUUGCGAAUAUGAUGACUGGAGCUCUGGAGAGGGUUAUGCGGAGGUGUACAACUUUGUGCGUACUCACAUACCUGAAUGGAUUCGGAUGAAGAUUGAUCGACGGUUGAUUGACGUUGGUGUCGGUAUGGAGGUUUAAUUAUUCAGUUUUGUAAGUAAAUUAAAAAAAAAUAUAUAUAUGAAGCUCUUCUCGCAUUGUUGGAGGC